GGGCUCCCGCAGCUCUUACCUCCGCAGCCUGGAAAAUACCGAGCGAGGCGAGCGGAGCCCCGGAGCCCCGAGCCUAGCGGGAGGGAAGAGGGCGGAGGGGGCGCGCGGGGCGGGGGGCGCGGAGCGGGGCGGGGCCGGCGGCGGGACCCACUGCUCCUCCCCCCAGGGCCCCCGCGCGGCCCCCGGUCGCCCGGGCAGCGGAGGCAGCGGCGGCGGCGGAAGAGCUCGCACCCCGGCCCCGGCGGGCCCCGACAGAGAAGCCAGAACAGGUCCCAGGAAGGUGGCGUCAGCAUCUGCAGCCGCGUCGACGUUGUCUGAGCCUCCGCGGAGGACCCAGGAGAGUCGGACUAGGACCAGGGCCCCGGGCCUCCCCACGCUCCCUAUGGAAAAGCCAGCUGCCUCAACAGAACCCCAAGGGUCUCGGCCCGCUUUGGGUCGUGAAAGUGUCCAGGUGCCCGAUGACCAGGACUUCCGCAGUUUCCGGUCAGAGUGUGAGGCUGAGGUGGGCUGGAACCUGACCUACAGCAAGGCCGGCGUGUCUGUGUGGGUGCAGGCUGUGGAGAUGGAUCGAACUCUGCACAAGAUCAAGUGCCGGAUGGAAUGCUGUGACGUGCCAGCUGAGACGCUCUACGAUGUCCUGCACGACAUAGAAUACAGAAAGAAGUGGGACAGUAAUGUCAUUGAGACUUUCGACAUCGCCCGCUUGACCGUCAACGCUGACGUAGGAUACUACUCUUGGAGGUGUCCCAAGCCCCUGAAGAACCGUGAUGUCAUCACCCUCCGCUCCUGGCUCCCCAUGGGCGCUGAUUACAUCAUUAUGAACUACUCAGUGAAGCACCCUAAAUACCCACCUCGGAAAGACUUGGUCCGAGCUGUGUCCAUCCAGACGGGUUACCUCAUCCAGAGCACAGGGCCCAAGAGCUGCGUCAUCACCUACCUGGCCCAAGUGGACCCCAAAGGCUCUUUACCCAAGUGGGUGGUGAAUAAGUCAUCUCAGUUCCUGGCCCCCAAGGCCAUGAAGAAGAUGUACAAGGCCUGCCUCAAGUACCCUGAGUGGAAGCAGAAACACCAGCCACAUUUCAAGCCAUGGCUGCACCCGGAGCAGAGCCCCCUGCCCAGCCUGGCGCUGUCAGAGCUGUCGGUGCAACACGCAGACUCACUGGAGAACAUCGACGAGAGCGCUGUGACAGAGAGCCGCGAGGAGCGAGCGGGCGGCGCCGGAGAGAGGGCAGCGAUGACGACACCUCGCUCACCUGAGUACCACCUCUCUGCAAGGACCAAGCCAGGACUGGGGUGGAGCCCUGGGGCACUGAGCCUUCUGCACUUCCUCCCUUCCCCCACCUGCCUUCUGGGGGCACUGCUCCUGCUCAGGUGGCUGAGGCAUGGCUGGACAAGGCCCCAAUAAAUGAACCACACAGCCCCA